AUGGCCGGCUCUGCCAACGAGGAGAAAACCUUCAAGAGGUUCUUGGAGCUCUUCUUGCGGGAGAUGAAGCCACCUCUCCAGGAGGACGGACCUCUACCUAUGCGCCCCUUGACGGACCUGAUCUCGGAGGACGAGGUGGAAGGGGAAUGUCUCGACCUGUGUCUCCAGCACCUGUUAAUUGCCCAUCCCUCCUUGGCUGCAGCCCUGGCCCGUGGUACUGCAGACAGUAUCCUGCAAAGCGAUCUCUCUGUGUACCAUCUCAACAAGAGUGUGGAGGAUGGCACAGACACGCUGCCUCAGAUCGAUUCGGUGAAGCUGGCCCGGCUGAUCUUUAAUAAGCUAUGCGAGACAUGCUGUCAUUGGCUAAAAGAGUUCCCGUAUCGCCGUCGCCACUUGCCGUACUAUGAGACCUCCAUCCAUGCUAUUAAAAACAUGCGCCGAAAGAUGGAAGACAAACAUGUCGUCAUUCCUGACUUCAACACGCUCUUCAAUCUCCAGGAUCAGGAAGAGCAGGCUUUUUUUGCUGUGUUUGAUGGUCACGGCGGGGUGGAGGCUGCCAUCUAUGCCGCCAAUCAUCUUCACGUAAACCUGGUCAGACAAGAAAUGUUCAGUCAAGACCCCAGAGAGGCCCUGUUUCACUCCUUCAAACUGACAGAUGAGCGGUUCAUACAGAAGGCAUCACGUGAGAACCUGCGCUGUGGCACCACAGGGGUCGUGACCUUUCUGAGAGGUCACACACUAUACGUGGCCUGGCUGGGCGACUCACAGGUCAUGAUGGUGAAGAGAGGUCAACCGGUGGAGUUGAUGAAACCACACAAACCAGACAGAGAUGAUGAGAAAAAGAGGAUUGAGGCUCUGGGUGGGUGUGUGAUCUGGUUCGGCACAUGGAGGGUGAAUGGCAGCCUGUCCGUGUCAAGAGCCAUCGGUGACUCAGUACACAAGCCCUAUAUCUGUGGUGAUGCUGACUGCACCGCCUUCAGCCUGGAUGGAAGUGAGGACUACCUGAUCUUGGCCUGUGACGGCUUCUACGACACAGUGAAUCCAGAAGAAGCUGUGCGAGUGGUCAGCGACCACUUGCAGGAGAACAACGGGGACACUGCCAUGGUGGCCCACAAGCUAGUGGCCUCAGCCCGAGAUGCAGGGUCCAGCGACAACAUCACGGUCAUUGUGGUGUUCCUCAGGGACCCCCGUUUGCCCCCACCCUCAGAUGAACCGGAGGAGGAGCAGGAAGGGGAGCCGGUGGAGGACGCAGGAGAGGAGGAGGAAGAUGAAGUGGAGCCCUUGCAGAGUGAGCUGGUGUGUCAAGACGGAGGGGCAGAGAAUGGAGGAAAGAACCGGGCCGGCUGGCCACUCCAGCAAUGCUCGGCGCCGGCUGACCUGGCCUAUGAAGACCGCAUGGAUUCGUUUACGGACAGAACAAGUCUAAGCAUCAUGGGGCCGGACCUGCGUGCAGAGACUGGCUGCUUCAGGCUCCCAGCUUCAUCCAGCCUCCCCCCGACGAGAACCGUCACGCCAGAUGUCAUACCCCACUUCGGUGGUGCCGGCGCGGCCUGGCGUCCCUACCAAGUGGACGGCCCCUUUGGGUACAGGCAAAAGCCACAGCCUAAACCCAGAGUGCCCUCCUACACACAGACCACCUCAGAUGGACAAUUGUUGGAGGUGGCUGCACUCUUCCCCCAAGAGGUUCGGAGGAAGAGGCGGCUGGAGGUAAUGCCACUGAGGAGGGAAUCUCAGCAGGCUAGAGAAAGUCAUGGUCCUCUGAGCUGCUUCCCUAGCGUGCCCUAUCCUCUCCGCUCUCCAGAGAGGAAGCCUGGGAUAGCCUUUGCCCAUGUAACCCACAGCAAAAGGGUCUAAUCGACAACUUCCUUGCCCCAUCAUGACCCCCUUUAUCCCUGAGGCUAUAACCCUAACCCUAACCUUAACGCUCAUUCCACACAACACAUGAAGUGGGUGUAUGCAUGCACACUCUGUUCCAAAACCUAGUGAGCAUCCUUCAUAGGCAGCAUUUUAAGGGACCUUUUAGAUGGACAAAUUCGAAGGCAGCAUUGCUGUUCACAAUUUUGAGUUUAUGUCUCACAAUUUAGACAGUUUUUCUUAUGUUAUAAACUUGUAAUUGUGAGUUUGCAUGUUGCAAUUCUUUUUUUUCCUCAGAAUUCCUUCGGAUUUUACAUCUCAUAAUUCUGUUUUGUUCUCCCCCCUGAAUUUUUACGUGCAUGACCUGACCACAUACACAUGCAGAGUUCUGUCAGAAAUGUGAGAUGUAAACUCAAAAUUCAGUGGGAAAAAAGUCAGAAUUGCCAAAAGUAAAAUCAGAAUUUUGUAAUUAAAAAAACUAACUUUUAUAUAUUUUUUGUUCCAUGAUGAAAAUAAGAUCAACAUGCUGACAGCAAAUUCCUUGUGUUAAUCGUUAUUUGUGUUGCUAGAGGGUCCAAAUGAGUCCACAGACAGCCAUCUAUGUAGGGAGCAGGCAGCGAGGCAACUCACUGAGCUCUGGAACAGAAUCACAAUCAAAUACUUCUUCAUUGCUCUAAUGCUUCCACUCUCAUCUUAUAUGAGCCAGCCUAUCAGAAUCCUUCACCACUCUCACCCAGCUUCCUCCUCAUUCUCAUAACACUCUCUCUGGUCCAGUUGUAUUUGUGUGCGUCUGUGUGUGUGUUUGUGUGGAAGGGGAAAAAUAGUGUUCACUAUCUUCUGUUCAUACACACACACACACACACACACACACAAGUGAAGUUUCAGCCAACUCUAGUAUAGAAUCAAGCAGGAAAUUGCAGUUAACAGGAGAACUGAUCUUAUGUUUUGCUUAUGUUUUAUAUCUGUUAUCUGAUGCGAGAAACAUGAUACAGCUCUUGGUUAUUGAAGCCAUUUUAAUGUUCAAACACUAAAGUCUUCAGAGGAACGGAACAGAGGAACUACUUCAUGUGUGUGUUUAUGUUUUUAGCACACAUCAUGUAUUGAGCUGUUAAUGACCACGUGUUUUAUCCUUGUUCAUUUCGUAAGACAUAUACCUUUAUCUAACAACCAUGAAUGGUGCUUUUUACAAAUAGGAUACGAUUUAGUGUUUUUUACUAUCCUGCUUAUUUUGUUUUAUUUUAUUUUAACAAUAUUGCCUUUAAUUUUAAUGUUUAUAUUGUUUAUUAAUAGAAAAUAACAAAACUUGAUAAGCAGGUUGCAAAAAUCGCAAACAUCAUAUGAAAUAAAUGUAAAAUAAACCAACUCAUAUAAUAUUUAGUUUGACCUCCUGAGGUUGACAGUCACCGUUUUCUGAAGGUUAAGUGACUUUCACUAACCAGAACAAUAAUAAUAAUAAAAAAAAAAAAAAGAUUUGAUUUUUAAGAGGCUCUGGUUUGUAUUCUAUUUGUGGAAAGUGCAGGGUUGGUUUUGGGCUGCUGCCGCAUCGAAGCAUUUGCACAAUCACCAUAUCUCCAGCCAUUCUUUGAUGACGCUAACCACAAAUAACAUAACCCACUUACAGACAACACCUGUUGCUUUUCCAAUCAUUGCCUUGGAGAGAAACAUAUCAGAUCAAAUUUGGAUGCAGUAUAUAUUCUAUACAUUUUCAGUUUCAAAACCAAAGAAGAAAAUGACUAUUAAUCAGGAGACACACUACCAUCCCUAAACAGUGCUACAGUGCAUCUAUAAGAGCUUGUUGUUAAACCCUGUAGAGAAAGAUUAGUUGAAGAUAGUCACUUCCCAUUCAAAACAAAUAUGUUUGGCCAAAUAUCUCUUAUUAAUUAUCUUCAUACUGGUAAGCUGGCUAAAGAUCGGUUUAAUUGUCAGUUAAAUGUUUGUAUGGGAUGUGUAAAUGUAGCCAGAGAGGUUUGCUUGACAGGAGAUGCUCAUAGUUUGAAGUGCCCCUCAGGUGUUGAGGACAUGGAUAGUUGAGUUUCAGCAGCACAAUAUGUGCCUUUAUUAUCUUCAGCAUGAGCCUGUUUUUGACAGGCAGGGAAGUGGAUGUAGAGUAAAUCUGAUCGCGCUACUACUUUCCUUUUUCUAUACACUAUGAAUUUACAUUUUAUUUUUAUUUAGAAAUGGAUAUGACACUUAAGAUUAGGACCAGACUUGGCCAUGUAAAUUUUUACCAUCUUUUCCAAAUUGUAGUAUUUGGAUUUUUUUUUUUUUUUGGAGAAUUUGUUGCAAUUUUAAAACUGUAGAAGUAUAUAUACUGUAAUUUAACAUUAAAAUUUGAGAAGAGUACAACGGUAUACUCAAUAUUACUCAAUUUACAAAUGUAAAUUCUCUCUAUCAGUCACUGAUAUCAUGGCAUCAUGUAUAAAAGUAACAUACUUUGGAAAUUCUUGGCCUGAAAGGGAGAACGAGCUUAAAAGAAUAUUUCAGGUUAAUGGAUGAAAACUCACCCUUCAAAAGAAGAUAUUUUGAAGAAUGUUGGUAACUGUUACCAUUGACUUUCAUUGUAUGGAUAAAACAAACAAACAAACAAACAUUUUUUAAAUAUUUUCUUUUAUGAUCCACACAAAAUAAAAAGUCAUAGGCCUAUAGGUUUUGAAUGACAUGAGGGUGAGUAAAUGAUGAGAGAAUUUUCAUUUUUGUGUGAAGUAUCCAUUUAAGCUCUCUUAAUCAACCACAGAAAAUUAUUUUGCCUCCUUUUAAAAAUUUAUAAAAUACAUAUGCCCACAAGUGUGCAUAACUAUGAAGCAACUGUCACAAUGUUUCAAAAGUAUAAAUGUAAUUCAUUAUUUUAGCAUGAGACUAUUGUGAUCAACUUAUCUGUGCCAUCAGAUUCAAUCUUUCUAUUAAUUUAAGAACUUUACAGUUCAAAUAACAAACAUUUUGACUGAAGAACUGCUUUAACAAAACCCAGUGUCCAGCCAUUCUGGCUGUAUAAACACAUGCAUCUUUAGAAAUUAUUCAAAAGGAUUUUCUGUUGAUCUUUACACAGUACAUAUAAUAUCACCACCGUUCUCACCAAAGUCAUAUGCGUGUGUUUUCAUAUUCGGCACAUAUAAUGAUGCCAUUGGAUGGUUUGGCUCAAGAGACCUGUGCUGGCACACGUGUGUUUCUGACUAGAAAUGCUGCAGCCCUUAAUUCCUUCUCUCUUACAUCUAUAACAAGCAGAAUGAUUUGUGCCAUUGCACUGGUCAGUUUCCAUUUAUUUAUUUAAUUUUUUGUUGGUGGAGAGGGAUGGAUAAUGGGUGGGGGGGGGGUGUUCAUCACCUGUGUGUUGUCAUUAAAGCUCCCCUCAUCCACCUCCAACCACAAAAUUCACCCGCACAAAGCCAGAGCCCAACUUCACACCCGCCAUCAGAGAGUUUCCUGUCAGAAAAAGGUGCUUGAAUGGGAAGUUGUCUAUUGUGGUGCAUUUUAACUGGUCCAGAAUGUACAUCCAGAUGUCGAAUGUACUGUAAGAGGAACCAUUCUUCGGCCUUGAAACAGAAACAUGGAGCAGGAUCAGCGAAACUUUUACCCGCAUUUAAAGAUGCCCUGACUGUCCCGAAUGUAUGUACGCACUCUAGCAUCCAUUAUGAGAUUCGUCACCUGAUUUUAUACCCUUUGUGGAAAUUUCUAAAGCACAUCAGUUAAAUCAUGCCUCGUAAAACCUAGAUCUGUGCUAGAAGCGAAAAAUGCUCCCUCACGGGCUUCAGGACAGGAUUGAUGACCAGAGAUUGAUGAGUGCAGCUCAAAGGACAUGGACCUCGCGAUGAAGCUGCGCUGGAGAUGAUAUAUGCGGCAUAGAUUCAGAGAUAAUCUUCCCCUUUUGUCCUCACCAUCAUGUACAAUCUCCCUCACAGUCAUUCCUCUAGCACCUCAUAUGGGGCACAAAUUAUAUAUCGGAAGUGUAGUAACUUACAUAUAUUGUAUACAUGUAUGUGUGUUUUGAGCGUGUGCGUGGGUGCGCGUAAUAUUUGGGAUGUGUAUGUGACGUCUGUCUUCUAAAUGUGCUAUUUUAAUCACCACUGAUAACUCAGAUGGAUACAGAAGUCUGUAAUGCUUUUCAGUAAACCCUUGGCCCCGCCUCUUUCUCACUGAAGUACAUACUUGAAAACUACUUGGAAGCGCGCAAAGUCUAACAGAUGCAGCGCUGGUCAUCUGAAAAACAGUCACAGGCUCUCGCUUAUUCACAGCGUGGUAAUGAGUCAAAGGACCAAAGUUUGCUGACGGUUUAUUUCAGUGAAGAACAUCUCACUUCAUCUUCACAUACUGUACUCUUGAGCCUUGGCCCCCUGUGAAUUGACUGUUAGAUGCAGCGUUUCCCCUGUUAGCGAUAGUUUCUGCGCUGAGGGCACGUUCUUGAUCUUUCAUGACAGUUAGCCUUCCUCACUUGCUGUCACUGCUUUUUGUCCAUGUACUGUCCAGUACUGCUCUUUUUCUGCUAGCAAUAAUGAACCUACGCAAGCCAUGUGUGAAGAGAACUCUUCAAAGGGCUUUGUCUUCUUUAAAGCAAAGCUGAGGAAGGGUUUCCAGACAACUUAGAGGGGGAAAAGCAAACAAACAUAUCUUUUAAAAAAAGAGAAACCUAUGUUACUGAUGGUCAUCACUGUAUUCUAUUAAACCUGUGUUGAUGAGAAACCA